AUGUCGCUCGAUGUCGCAAUCCAAUCCGUCGCAUUCUACAUUCUCUCCUGCGGUACCUGUGCUAAGAUUAGCCAUCGACGGAAAGCGAAACAACAAGCAAGGCGCGAGCGGGCAGAGAAACAUCAACUGGAGAUGGAGCAGCCCGGGCUAUACCGGCACCCGUCGCCGUUCUCUACGAAUCCCUACUGGACCGAGGAGAUUAUGAUGGGGCCUGGUCCGCCUCGGAAAAAAGGGGGAAGCAAGAACGGAAGUCAACGAGCUCUAAACACCGCGGGAGCUGGAAGCAGUUAUGCUGGAAGUACUGCGAUGUGCUCCGAGACACCGAGUAGUCCUACGGCAUUUACAGAGGGCUCACGAAUAUCAGGGGAUGGCUGGAACCGGACACGAUAUCAGAGAGAGGAUGAGGCGCUAUGGGGCCAUGACAUACCGGGGCCGGGGCAGAGGAUAAUGGAUGCAAUCGCGAAAGCAGGUUCGUCAGCCGGCCGUUUAUUAGAGGGGCGUUUAAGUAAAAGUGGUCUUUCGAGGGAAGAAGAGAGCCCGAAUCCAUAUACAAUGGCUAGGAACCCACCGGUCAACGAGCUACACCCGCCUGUAGUCAGUACGGCGCCCGCCAGCAAGGACGAAACGAGAUGGAUGUUACAACCACCGCCCGCGGCGAAGGUUAUGGAAGGCAAAGAGAGGGUUAUAAACCGAGCUGGAAGUAACGGCAGUAGUAGAAGAGGUAAUGAUGACCAGCCUUUGAGCCGUCGGGUCACAGAACGACUAGUUGAUGCAAAGUUAAAACGAGGCGAGCUACCGUACGCGGAAGCUCGUUCGAGAGCCGAGUCGAGAUCCAAACCACAGAACCCUAGGCAGGUCAGGGCAUCACCGCCCGGAAGGAGUAGGAGUAUCUCUCUAGAAUCUUCAGAAUCGUCUGACGCUGUCACGAAGAAGAGGAGAGCAAAACCAGCACCCAUCUCGGUUUCGUCUCCCAAGCAGAGCUCUCGAGACGUAAUCGAGCAUGUCCCUGUGCCCUCGGCACCUCCCCAGGUGUCGAUGCCGGAAAUGAGAGAAACAUCAGCGAGACCAGCACUCACAACCAUCAUGAGCUCUUUGACCAUGGCUCAGGGUCCUAGGCAACAAGACGACGUGCUACCGCUCCGGGAGCUGUCCCCCCCCGCCAUUAACUCCAGAGCGCCAUCAUCAUCACAACUGCUUUCGAUUUCGGCCAGUGCAAACGCCAUGCCCGUAUCGAUUCCAAAAGCAGGAGUCAAAAUCGCCGAUGCCCUGCCACUUAGGCGUGCAACUUUCGAGGACACGGAGCCUGAAAACUUGAUCCCCAAUCAGGCAUGA